AUGAAAUCCAUAAGAGCUAAUCCGCUAUCUUCACACGUUGGAAGUAGAAUAGUCUUUACUCAUACUAUUAAUUUAGCUAGUUCACGUCAUCUUCAUGUUUCAUUUAUCAAUCACUAUGCAAGGACUAGAUUCUCCCCACGUAAAAAUGACAAACAGAAGAAACAGAAAAAUCCAUCUCCAACAACACUAUUCCCCAUCAAACCAUCAACAAAUUUGAGAGUAACCGAUCCUAUCCCGCCUACUAAGGACAAUAUUCAGUGUUCUGAGUCUCAUCCUUUGUGGCAAUUUUUCCAUGAUAAGCAAUUCAUUAGAUCCUCCGACCAACUGGAUUUGACCUCAAGAGCUUGGUCCAUCCCAGAGUUGCGCAGAAAAUCCUUUAAUGAUCUACAUUCCCUUUGGUACAAUUGUCUGAUAGAGAGAAAUAGAUUGGCUAGAGAAAUUCAUCUCAUUAGAGCUGGUCUACAUACAGAGAUCGAUUCCUUUGUCACUGUGGAUGAAAGAAUAAGAACUACCAUGUGGAGAAUUAGACAUGUCUUGUCUGAGAGAGAUAUUGCUUUUAAGAAUGCCAUAUCAAAUGAUCUUGAAAGACAGAAAUUGAUUGAUGAGUUUUCUAAGACAUUCACACAGGUGAAUCUAGAUUCAAAUUCAAAUUCUCUUGCUAAAGAUCUUGAGAACGAUGAUUCAUGGGAAAAGUUGAAACGGUUCCAAUUGGCCGUCUUUGGUAUCAAUGAGAUUAUUGAAGAAAACAAAACUAUCGAUAAGAAUUUCGUACAUGGUAUAAAAUUGGUGGCAAAUCUAAAAUUACAAAAACUAUCGUCAAUUGACCCAAGUAUUAAGGAUUGGUAUAUCAAUAAAUGGGGUGGUAAUCAAUUAACUGAUAUUGCUCAAUGCUUUGUGGUAUUUUCUUGUGAAAAUGACGUUAAAUCUACUUUAGAUGCCUGUUCUAUAGUUAACGAAUUGAGAUCGGAUCCAUCAAAAUUGAUACCUGAAAAUAAAGAGAUUCAAACAGUUAAAUCUUAUAUCCAAAAACUGAUUGAAUUCACCGAUGGGUGA